AUGCCACGAAUUCCAAUGGCUCAACGUUCAACACAAUGUGCACAAAUUGUACAUAAAGCAAUUGACGACUUAACGACAAAAAAUAUCUCCAGUCUCUUCGCCACGCCAUCCUUGGAGAGGGCAAAACCUCAACUAUUGUCAUACGAUAUUGAACUUAUGCAACUUGAACAAUUGGUGACUUAUAAUAAUGAGGUCACAAAAAAUGUAUCAUUUUAUUUUCAAUAA